UGUUGUCCAGGACAGGCAUCAUUCUGCAGCAGCUCCCCAGAGUAUUCACAACAGAACAUUCAAACUGGGACGUGAAGUGCUUCUCUUCUUUGUUACAAAUUGAAAUUGCAAACUAACUAAACAAACUUCAAUGCAGGACAGCAGAAGUUUGCUCAGAGGCACCAGUAUGGACCCUUUAUAUCAUGGAAUUACAGCAAUGAGGAGAGGAAGCUGUGAUGAUGCGACAUCUUCACUGCAGCCUCACCUGAGACACUUGGCUCAGCGACGGCGGUCUGCUCCAUCUCUGAUCUUUGAGAAAGCUUUGGGGAUUCCAUGGUCUCCCAUCAGGGAGGAGGUUCCCUGCUGUGUGUCUGUGGAACAGAGUCCAUUUGUACUCGGUCUCACCAGUGAGAACGGAGAGCUGUUGCUAGAUGAGUGCGUCCAAGUCACAGAGGGCACAAAGACCAGGAAGAGACACCUGUUCCUCUUCAGCAAUGUUAUUGUCUUCACUAAACUCAAGUCAACUGCCAGCUAUCGUCUGAAGCACAGAGUGAACCUUGAGGACGUCUGGCUUUACAGUUUUGAGGACGACCUGGAGGAAGAAGGUGGAACAAUGGGGGAUAUUGACCUCAGGCUGACUCUUAUCCUGGCCUGGGAUGUCACUUUUUGUCUGGUGUGUUUUCGCUGGCCUGAUGUGAAAGACCGCUGGUUAGAUACUCUUCAGAGAAAGAUUCAAGGUGCAAAAGUGAGGGCUGGCUGUGCUUCUUCAUCUCCAGACGUACUCAUGAAGGUGUUGAGUGGCAGCAUUGCAACAAAAACUCUAACCGGAGGUGGCAUGGAACAAAUUAUUCGGUUUCCACCUGAUGGUGAUGCAAAGAUCUCUGCUCUGUCAAAGCAGUUUAAUAAUCAAGAGGACAAGCUGACACAGCCCACUGAAACCAAGUGGAGCCUAGUGAGGAGGCUUGGAAAGGGCUCGAGUUUCAAGAGUAAAACACGCCGAACAGAAACUGACACUAAACCUCAGCUGUUUGGACAGCCCCUCUUGAAGAUAUGCCCAGGUGACUGCUCUCUUCCCAAACCUGUCACAGACCUGCUGAUGUUGCUUAGGAGGAGAGGUCCAUCCACAGAGGGGGUGUUUCGGAAGCCAUGCAGCAGCAAGCACAUGAAAGACGUCAGAGAGCAGCUCAACAGAGGCAUGGAGGUGGACCUCGAGAGUCAGUCAGUCGUUCUCCUCGUUGGACUGCUCAAAAGUUUUCUGAAGGAACUUCCUGGCAGCUUGCUGGUUUCGGAACUUUAUGACAAGUGGAUGAUGGCUCUAGACAAUGAAGACACCAAGCAGAGAGCUCUGGAAAUCAUAAAAGUAUUAGAUUAUCUCCCAGGGCCCAACAAACUCCUCCUGCAACAUCUAUUGUGUGUCCUCCAUCACAUCCUUGAGAACGCAGACAUCAACAAGAUGGAUGCUUACAAUCUGGCAGUAUGUAUUGGCCCCACGCUUCUGCAGCUGGAUGACACCCCACUGGAUGAGCAGAAGGAAAAGAUGAAGAAGGCAACAGAGUUAACUCAGUACCUGAUUGAGAACUGUGAGAUUCUUGGAGGGAAUAUCCCAAGUUUGCUGGACAUUGACGAAGACUCCUUGUCCUCCCAGCAUCAUGACUCUGCAUAUGACAGCACCGAUCCAGACGGAGAUGGAGAGGCAGGAGAGAAAAUCAGAUCCACACUUGAAGAGCAUGGCUCAUCUUCAUCAUCUUUCUCACUUAGUCCCAGCACAGCCACCGCCUCAUGGCCAUCUGAAGCCAUCUUCAUCACAAAACCAGAAUUCAACCGCCGCUGUUCUGAGCCCAUAAUCCUCCUCUCAGCUGAUCUUCAGAGUCUGUGCAGCCAUGCAAGGAGCCAUGAUGACUGCUCUGUGGAGAGGAAGAACUUUGAUGAGCAGCCUCUGAAAAAGCAGAUCUCUGAUGAUUCCUUCUUGCUCAGAGGUCGAGGUGGAGCCAAGUCAGUUCUGUCUUUUCCAAGAAUGAGCAGCAGCUCCAACAUGGAUCCGCCACCGUACAUGGGCAAGAACUGCUCUAGCUCUUCUCUGGAGAGCGCUGCCUCUAACCAAUCAGAGGGCUCAGUUUUCACCAGUUCCCCACUGGGGUCACCACGAUGCCACAGGAGAGCUAAUGCCACCAACCAGAUAUCAGUGGUUACAAAAGCUCAGCAGGACAUUGCCAGACCAAUUUCAAAUGAAAGGAAGCACUCGCAGUCUAUGAGAGUAGCCCCUAAAGUCCUAAUGAGAACCAGAAGCUUGGGAGCCUUUAGCAGGAGUAGCCAGAAGAAAAACUCUCAGAAGGAAAACUCCUUCCCUUGUGCAACACUCAAGGAGGACUCACGGAUUGAAGAAGAUGCACCAGCCGACCUUCUUCACAGAUCACGUCCUCUCUCUGCAAUUGAAGUUUUUAAGCAACUGGACAGUCGGCUGCCCUGCAGGCCUCCAUCAUAUGAGCAGGCGGUCCAGGAUGUGGGUGUUCUCCCACAGUAUCAGUCAAUGACAGUACAAGAUGCCCUAAACCUGGAGAGAAGGUCCCGCCCAUCCUCUGUUAAUUAUGACUUUCCAUCUACCUUCCCUGUCAGUCAGUACAUCCACAAUGAGGACUGUUUUGCUCAAGCCACACAGGAUAAAGCUGAUGUUGUCAAGCAACGGCGGCCUUUUCGCCAGAGAGCUAUGUCUGAGUCUGUAUCUGCAGGCCAUCAUGAAGUCAUAUCGCGGAGGUGUAGCCAGCCUGUGUUUGAGGAAUUUAAUUAUGCCAAGGAGUCUUAUGUUUGACUGACUUUAAAGCAGUUUUGCAGAAUGGAUAUUAGUUGCACAAACCUUAACAAAGGUUGGACGAAGUGGACAAAGCUCAAAAGGCCAAAAGUCAGAAUCUAUAUUAACAACAAGCAAGCUUCUGUUUUAUGCUUUCAUUCAAAUUCAAAAUUCAGAAGGCUAGCCAGACUUCCUUUCUUGCAGACAGUGUUUGAUGUGACUUGAAUGCAUGAUUUCUUUCAGCAGCAAGAGUGCUUGGCCCCAUUCCUUAAGGAAUGUUCAUAGGUUUUUGACUCUGCUCACCGAGUAGGUCUGUUUCAAAAGAAUGUUUGUAGACUUUCAUAAAGCCCAGUCUUUGAUUUUUUUUUUUUUUUUUUACUGUUUAGCUUUAAAUGACUGUCAGUUAAAUGCCACCUAGAUGGUUGCAGAUUCUCAGUAGUGCUAUUAAGAGUACAAAUAUUAAUUUAUAUGAAGGUAUCAUGGUAGAUACUUCAUCUAUCACAGUGAAGCUAUGAACAAGCAGUUCGCUGUGGAUAAAAUAUGCUAAGUUUCAGUGGGGGUUUUUUUGUUGGCAUGAUGAUAUGUACAGUAUAGGAUGUUUAAACAUGUUUUUUUGUUUUGCUUUGCUAUGUUUUUUUUGUUUUGUUUUGUUUCUUGUGUACAAAGUUUAGCUUGCAUGGUCAUCUUUUUCCACUACAUGAAAGCACUUUUCUGAACUAUGCCUUUCUUGGAUGCUAAAAUGUAAAUUAAGUGAUAUAGCAAUA